AUGCACCAUACAGUCUGCGCUGUGUCUGCAACGGGGAGCUGUUCAGCUGCCCUGGAGUCCCCGCGUUGUCCCCAGGGAGCCUGCGGAGUAGCCUUGGCCCCUCCUCUCCAGCCGCUGGAUGUCAGCGCCUGCUUGUCUGCUGCGAGCUUGCCUGUGACUUGCUCCCCGCUGUUUCGACUCUUUUUUCCCCUGACGCUCCUGGAGGCAGACAGAGGAUGGCUCGUGGGGUGGGGGCUGCCUGACGGAACAGCCGUUGCAUGCAGCCUCCUCCCGCCGCUUCCGUUGCACCUCAUCGCUCUCUUCCUCCAACAGCUCAAUGAAAGGCUCCUGAAGUCUGGCGGCCCCCGUAGACCGGAUCAACGCACAUGCAGCGAUAGCAGCAACGGCUGUAGCGACGUAUGCACGAACAGUAACAGUAGCAGUAGCACUAGCAGAAGCAAGGCAGGCGACGAAAGCGACCUUGUCUUUGACUACCGCGUGCUGCCGCAGCCCGUCCAGCUCAUCGGUUGGUGGCGGGGGCCAGACUUAAAGGCAACUUGUCCCUUUUCUCAGACAGAGGUGCUUCUUUCCUUGCAGCAACAGCAGGACGGGGGUAGACCUGGGUUUGAGGAGCGCAACUCAGCUGUUUGGCUCGACCUCUGGUUAGAAGUGGCCACAGGCCUCCCCGUGCCACUCAGCAUCGUUUCACACAUAGCAGAAGGAACAGGUGCUGCAGAUUCUGCUGGCGCAGCCGUAGAUUCUGAAGCAAGAAGCUGGAGUAUUGUACAAUGCUCGGGAGCAGACACGGCAGCAGGAGAAGGCCCCCCUGCAGCAACGGCAGCCCCAGCACCACCAACAGCUACCGCUUCCCCUCGCUCUGUGGUGUUUUUGUAUAGGCUACCGUCUUGGGUGAGUAGCACCACGCUAGCAGCUGCACCUCACGAUGCAGCGCAGGCUUCUGCUGCGGCCGCAUUCGUUCAGAGGCCAAAAGCAGCGCAGGCUCUUCUGCGCCAAGUGGCUCAGGACACCGGCACCGGCGGCCAGCAACAACAGCAGCCACAGCUGUUGCAACAGCAGCGGGGCGACGGAACCGAGCAGCUGUGCGGGUUUGAGGCAUAUCUGACGCUUCUCAACGUAUCUGCGGCUGUCUACGCUAGCAUUCAGCAGCAACUGCACUGCUGGAGGCUGUUGCAGUUGCGCCAGCAAGCAGAAUCAGGAGCUACGGCAGAAACGGGGGCAGCAGGAACAGUAAUAGCUGGUGGUUGCAGGGUCUCUCGGUGCAGGGUUGCCUUGCAGCCGCAGCAGAGGGGAGAAUGCGGUAGUGAUUUGUCCAUGGCUUUUUCUUGUCGGGCCCGUGUUGUUGGCUAUCUGGCUGCCCUGUUAGAGUUGCUGUGUUAUGUGUUGUUAUCUGCGGCGUAUUGUGUGGGCACGGUGUGUCGGGCUGUAUCAACACUGCGGCUAUGGAGGCCCUUCGCAUCGCCUGGAAGCAAUCUGUGGCUUUCGGCCUCGCUGCAGCAGAUUGUUUUGAGAUUUCGCAUUUGUGCUUCGUGGCCAGAGGCUUUGAGCCGCAAGCGGAGGUUUGAUGCUGCGCUGGAGGAUUGCAGCAGGCGGGAACAGCAGCAACAGCAGCAGCAGACGGCGGCGGCAGCAGCAUCAGGCGCGUUGCAACUGGACGGCGCGGCCGUGCCUGCGUUGGUGUCUCCUCAACCCCGACUGAAGCGGUCGUGUUUGCCCCGGGGUUUAUCUGUCUUCGCGUUGUGUCUGUACAGCGGCAUUGUGGCGGUGGUGGUUGAUGUGCUUCUGGGUCUCUUCCUGCCGCAGCUGCUGGCAGUGCUCAUCUACCGGGGCAUCCCUGCAGAUGCUUGCUCCCCAGAGUAUCUGUCUCGCCUUAAGGCUCCACCUCCAGAACCGACUGCCUUGCCGCCUCUGUGGCCUGUCUCUCUCAGCGAAGCUGCUGCUCCCCAGCUGUAUCCCUUCCCGCCAGAGGAGGAGGAGCAGCAACAACAGCAUGACCAGGAACUGGAGGCGCUUGAGGCUGUAGAUGAAAGAGCCGCAGACAAGGAGGAGGAACAGCAGAGGCACGACAAAUGUCUCGCUGUAGUUGCUGUAGCAGGGAGGAGCCAGAAGGUUCAGGAUGUUUCAAGGGAGCGCAGGUGCUCCUCGGCCGCAGUGUUCUCGCCAGCGAUGCCCCCAGCAUCAGGAGGUGGAGCAAGAGCGGCAGGAGCAACAGCAGCAGCAGCAGGUCCACGAGGGGGUGGAGUAGUAUCUCGCUCGCCUCCUUCCUGGCGGGAGUUGAUGGUUGAACCAACAUCAACUUUGCUGCUGCGCCUGUUCAGCGGGUGUUACUGCUUUCUGCAUGUGGACUUGUUAACUGCCCACGUGCAGUGGCUGAUGGACUUUCCUGCUGGCCUAAAGCUGAAUGCCAACUUGACGUGGGUUCUGGGCUCAGUUGUCUUGACCGCCUCUCAUCUAUGGAACGACCUGACUGCUUACCUCCACUCCGCCGUCGCCACAGCCGAACAGCGCAAACGCGGCCUACUGUUGCAGCUGCAGCAACUGCAGCUGCAGCUGCAACAACACCACAAACAGCAUGGUGCCAACCGCCAAACCCCCCCAGGCCUGCUUCAGUCCCUAAGCGAGACGAUUGCAGCUGUCUCGCACAUGCUGCGCUCGUUGCUGUGGCAGGAAGAACCUUCAGCUCCCACAAACUCGACCAAGCUCGCCUCUCCCCACGAACCGUCCGCACCUAGCAGCAACAGCAGCAGCAGCAAGAGUCUAUGGAGCAAGUUUGUGCUCAUGUGGAGCGCCUGUCACUUGUGGCUGAAGACGGGGCUUGGCUCUGUGCUGAUGACCUUCCGUCUGGGGUGGUUGGGGCUAUCGGCGUCAUUGUUUGCUGCUGCAUCUGCAGACCUGUUGAUGGUGGGGACUCUGCACAUCUUCUACGUGUACCUCGUGUGCGCCAGGCUGCUGCACGUGAACCUAAAGAGUUUGCAUUCUCUCUUCCUCCUCUUCAGGGGACAAAAGUGGAAUGUGCUGCGGCGGCGCGUGGACUCGGCGGACUUGCAGAUGGACCAGCUGCUGAUCGGAUGCAUUUUGUUUACCAUCACCGUCUGUCUGUUCCCAACAACUUUGGUGUUUUACAUCUCAUAUCUCCUCCUCUGGCUCCUUAUCUUUGGAACCCAUGCGCUGCUUCGGCUUGCCGUCUGCCUCUUCCUCGCCUACCCCACAUGUCUCCUUGCCUUCCGGGCGGCAUCUCCUCAUCUCCUUGCCGCAGGUGUCUCCUUCGACCCGGUCACGGCCCUCAGCAAACAGACACGCAGAUGCAGCAGCAGUGGCAACAGGAGCAACAGUAAUACUGGCUCCACCGGCAGCACUGGCAGCAGCAGCGACACUGCGCGCUGCAGCCUGCUCCACCAGGGCAAAUUCGGCACACGCACACAAGCUCCAGCCGACUCCCGUACUGGAGCGGCUGCAGAACCAGACCCUGCAGGUGGUGCUGCUGCAGUUCCGGCAGCUCGCAGCAGCGACAACAUAUAUUUUAUGCUGCGGGCUCGUCCCAUAUCGUACGGAGACAUACUGUGGCCUCCCGUCCUCGCGGCGGCUAGGAACACACUCACGCCUCUCUACCCUUCCAACUUACUCCCCAAAAUACUGCAAGGGGACAUCAUCCGGCUGUCCAGCCACAACAAUGCCUGGUCUGCAGUUGAUAGCUGA